AUGGUCAAGCUACAAGCCAAAUACGAGCAGCUCCUCCAGCACAACAGCAGUGCGAUCUUAAUGUUCCGUCCCCUCCUUGAAGUGGACCUGAACGAUAUCCUUCUCUCAGUGGACAUGACCAGCCAGUUUAGACUCCCUGCGACCUUGACCAGCCUGAAGAUUGCAGUCGGGGGUCUCAACAGCAAGGACGCCCACUCCAGCAAGGCUGGCCUGCACCUGACCCAUCAAUACCUCUGUGAGUCGCCUCACCACGUCCACCUCAAGAUUAUCCAGGCAGCCAUUAUCUUUGAGCUCCUGGACUUGUACAACCGAGCGCAAUACGAAGAUCUCAACCUCAGAGGCAAUCGCAAGUGA